UUACGGGCAGUCGACCUUGUCAUCAAAACCUCGUUAAAGAUGGCUGACUUAUUGCAUGCUGAAAAGCGUGUGAAUUAUCGACGUCUCUAGAUUGAAAAAUGCUAUGAAAUUAUCCGCUCCAGCAUCCUGCGAAGGCAAAAGUGUAAUCACCUUAUCCACGUCGAUUCAAGAUUAUUUCUUGGAUGAGCCGAAAAAAGCCGUGAGGAGUUUGACCAGUCGGAAGCAACAUUCUCAUUCCCAACGCACCAUACCAAAUGGAUAGAUGCAGUCAUUUUAAUAUUCAUUUCAAGAAUUGUUUGACCGAGCGACAAUGUCGGAGAGCGAAGAAUUGACUGUGGAUGAUGGGCACCCUGUUUCCGCUUUUCAACUGCAUCGCGAGAGCAGUUACAAGAAAAGGGAAGUGUACGAAAAGCUGGUUGCCUCCAAAAAGACUCCGAUCGCGGAUGGAGCGUCUUCGAGUACAAUAAUGGCACAAUCAUUGGGCAAUCCUGGGCCGUCAGUUUCACAUGUCGUGGCUCGGCCGUCACGCCAGUCGGCGGCCAAACGGGAAAGCAAUUCUUUGACGCCUGCGAUGUUGAGUUUGAAUGGCCCUCCGACCUCGUUCAGUCCCAAUCUGGCCGAUUGUAAACCCUAUUCUAUUCUUUUGGGGGAGAAUAUUCUCGUUGAGUGUUCGCUUUUGAAGAGAUACCUGUUAUUACUAAAAGACGCUUUGUCAAAGCCCGACUUGUCUGUUGUCGAAUUACAAACUCUUACUCACGAUGUCAAAAAGGCGAGAGAAGUCCUGAUGGAAAAGGUUGCAGUGCCUCUGAAUGAUUUUCAGAGGGAAUUGCAAGAGCAAAUUCCACAUGAACACGUAGCUUUUCAUUCGUCUAAUUCGGGUCCUCCUUUUCAUUCGGCGAAUUCAGCAGGUCCCCCUGUUCAUUCGUUUCACGAAUUGAGAAAUAGUUUGCUACUUCCGCUAACUCCCACGGCUACGUAUCCAUAUCCUUCCCAUCUUUAUGUCUAUCCCUAUCCGGAGCAGUUAACUGACAGGAGGAACCCUGUAGGUAUUACCGAUCAGAGUUGCGUUCCAUACAAUGCGCAGCCUGCGCAUUAAAAUUGUUUUGAAUUUUGAAAUUACAGUACCUUCGUUUCACGUCUCACUGCCAUACUGCUCCAUUUUAAGCGAUUACAUGUAGUCGAUUCUUUUUUCCUCUAAGUUACCGCUCUAUUGGAACGUAUAGUUAGCUGAGUCUCUUUUGCGUGUGGGAGGUGGGGUAACCCUUAAAAAACGGGAUGUUAAAACAUUUCGGCACAAUUUUUUGCGAGGCGAUUUCUAUGACUUGAAAACUGGAACCUCAUAACGAGUUCUAAAAAUUUUUUGUCUUUUUACAUUUUUUUAUCACUUUUUUAAGGCUUUUAAUUCUUUUU